AACUUCAGUAAAGUUUUUUUGUUUGUAAUUGAAGUUGUUCGAGAAGAGCAAGCAACUUGGCAUCAGUUUUACAAAAAGGAAAUAUUUAACCUUUGAACACAUCAGAAUUAAAUUAUUAUCUGCCCAGGACUUUGAAAUGAUUGUUUAAACUAUUCAACAUUUCAAAGAAAGAACCACGGACGUGUUCUGCUGCUCAUCAGAUCUUGAUAACUUUAUCUAAGCGUUUUUCUCAUUCAGAUGACAUUUUUAGUCAGAAUUGUGUCUUUAUUCUGCCAGUAGCAUAAUUCUUGUAUUUCUUCUUGUAUUAAAAAUAAAUAUUCUGACCCAAUACUCCGUCGUACUUUCUUUACUAACCUCCUCUGCCGUUUUUCUUUUCACUGUCACAAACUUCUCCAUCUCUCCUCUGUGGAGGUAGAUAUGUUUUAAAACCUUCGCGCUUGUCUCCUCCUCUGUCACUCACUGUCAGCUCUGCUUACACCAGCAAGUAUCUGGCUUUUUUGAACAGGCAGUCUGUUGCUUAAUUUGAACAGUGCUGCCACCUAGUGACUGGAGGCUUGUUUAUCAGUUAAGCGUUAAUGGAGACAAAGUCAAAUUUAAUUUAAAUAAAUAAAUCUGUUCUCGCUCCAUAGAGAAUAGAAGGGCUUUUAAAAAACGUCCUACGUUUGAACUGCUGGUGUUUCAGCUGCUCUCUCUACUAGCAUGUUGGGGAUAUCUGGACAGGAAGCUGGAAGAGCCUCGUUUUCAUCAUGUAUGUCACUUUGAAGAGAGGGAAAAUGUAUUGUUUGACAAAACAGAUUUAUUAGAUCAAGAAAAUAUUAUGUGAUCAUAUGUGAUACAGUUUUGUGUCAUUAGAAAAAUAGACAACUCAAGGUAAAAACAAGAAAAAAGUCUUUUUUUUUACAGAAUAAACCACUGCUUGUUAACCUGCAAAUGAGCUCACCUUUUGGACUUAGAAAUAAGUAAAAUUCUGUUAUUACAUGUUCUGACUGUGAGACAAUAAAGUUCACUUUAUUUUGUUCUCACUCAGAAUAAAGCCUGUAGCUCUCAUAAUGUAGUUGUACAAUAGAGUUUACAUUUUAAUGUGACUGCACUAUUGAUAUGGCAUCUUCACAUUAUGUUAAGAUGACUGGAAUCCAGGUUUGUCACAAUCCUCAGCAUUUUUAACAACUGGGUUAUUUUGUGGAAUGUGACAAUGUGAACUGGCUGAUCAGAUCAUGUGGCGAGGCUGUGUGAGAAAAUUCACACAGAAUUCGCCAUGAUGUUGUACCUAAAAGAAGAAAAAUAAACUUUCUAUUUAGAAGUUUCUUGAUUCAUGUUCAUGUGAUUUAUAAACAUGUGCUGGUUAUUUUUCUGGAAAUAAAAAAGUUGAAAAUAUUUAUCAUGCACACAAUAAAAGUGAGGAUAGGAAAGGUUCAGUUCUGUUUAAUCAGAAAAAUAAUUUUUUUUUCUUUGAUAAUUGAGAAAUAAUCAUCUGUGAUAAUGAAUUUUUUGGUAUUGAUUCAAUACCGAGUAAAUACAGGGUCUGUAUCGCCAAUACUGAUACCAAUACUGAUACUUUUCAUUUAAGUUUGAUAUAUCAUCAAACGUCUGACAUUCAUGGGUAUUUGUUGUUAUCCUUUUAUUUAUUUUUGUUCAAACCUGUGACAAAAUUUAGACAAAGUUUAAAUGUGUCUACAAGACACUUUUAUGAAAUAUUUUGAUAAAAUAUUAACAUGACAAGCAGUAGAAACCAGUAAAAAAAGCAAAACACAGCAAGUGAAAAGCAAAACACAUUUGUAUGCAUUUUUUUUCUAAGAGCGCAGAAAAUGAUCAUUUGAGAGAAAAUCCAAACCGAAAUCUGUUCUGAGAUAGAAUUUCUAAACUACAAUAUAGAAACAAAACAAAAUUGUCAAGAGGUAAUCUGAAAAUAAAAGUUUCGAUCUUAUCACGCUAUUACUAUAGUAAUAAUGUGACAUUGACACCAACUUAGUGUUGAUAUUUGGGAUAUUUUUGAUAGAUCCGCCCAGAUUAGAAAAGAUGAACCAUGAAGCACAAACAUCUACAACCAAUUCUUAUCUUUUCAAGAUGAAGUCCAGAAUGGAAAAAAAUAAUAAUUCUGAUAAAUUACUUUAAAAAAAACAACAAAUGCAUUUAUGCUGUUGAGAUUCAGGCUUAAAUCAGUGAUUGUUUUGUUAAAUUGAUAAUGAUUCUUCUCCCUUUAAGGCUUCCGUCACUUGCUGGAAGACAGCAUCGUGGUCAUUGUUGCAUCUCUGGUCUCCUCCUCCCUUUUCUCCUCCCUUCACUCUCCUCUCAAUCCGUCCAACCCCCCACUUCUCUCCAUUCACGCACCCCGACUUGCGCAUCGCCUCCUCCGGCAAUAAUGACCAAGGAUUCCCCGGAGGAGGAGACCCGAGCUCCGGGCGGCGGCGGCGGCAUCGGAGGAGGAGGGGCCGCUGGCAGAGGAGCAUCCAGAAGAAACCGAGCGGACGACAAUGUCACCAUCCUGACAUCCUCCAUGGAUUUCUACAGAUCCGGCCGGAGUCGAGCCAGCAGCAGCAGCGACGCCGCCCCGAGCCUCACCUCCUCCGUGGACCUGAGCACCUCCUCCCUGGAUACGAGCAUCCAGACGCGGAUCUUUAAGAUCAUCGUCAUCGGGGACUCCAACGUGGGGAAGACGUGCCUCACCUUCCGCUUCACGGGGGGCAGCUUCCCCGAUAAGACCGAGGCCACGAUCGGCGUGGACUUCAGGGAGAAGGCGGUGGAGAUCGAAGGGGAGACCAUCAAGGUGCAGGUGUGGGACACGGCAGGUCAGGAGCGCUUUCGCAAAUCCAUGGUGGAACACUAUUACCGCAACGUCCACGCAGUGGUGUUUGUUUAUGAUGUAACCAAAAUGGCUUCCUUCCGCAACCUACAGACAUGGAUAGAGGAGUGCAAUGGCCAUCGGGUGUCGGCGUCAGUGCCUCGAGUUCUGGUGGGAAAUAAAUGCGACCUUGUGGAUCAAAUCCAGGUUCCCUCUAACAUGGCAUUGAAGUUCGCGGAUUCCCACAACAUGCUGCUGUUCGAGACGUCGGCGAAGGAUCCAAAGGAGAGUCAGAACGUCGACUCCAUCUUCAUGUCGCUGGCCUGCCGUCUGAAGGCCCAGAAGUCCCUGCUCUACAGGGACGUGGAGCGGGAAGACGGGAGAGUGAGACUCACACAGGGGACGGAAACAAAGACUAACUGUCCAUGUUGAGGAAGAAGAGAAUAGGGAGGCAUUUCUAGGGAGGAGAUGAGAGGAGUAACUUAUAUAAAGAAGGAGGAAUGGGAUAUGGGAGUCUGAAGGGGAACUUUUCUGGUUUGAGAUGACAGGGAAGGUUUAUGCUGACGCUAGUAGUGAUGUGCAUUCAGCGGACGACAGAAAGACAUGUUAGGACUGAAAUUUCAACAGAGUUCUUGUUCUGGAACAGAAGCGAUGAAUUGGGGAGUGGCAUAUAAUAACAAUGCUGCCUUUUAGACUACAAUAGUGUGAAAACUCUUCCACUGACUUUCCUAAUAAUGCUGUAUUGUCUCGUUCUUAUCGUUGACCAUAAGUUAGCUCUUAUUCCAAUUGGAAACAGGACUUGCUAGACUUUUUUCUACUGCCUUAACAACUAAAACGCUGCCUGACUCAUAACCUUCACAAACCAUUUAGAGGAGCAGAGGUAGCGCAGGAGGCGAUGGCUAAACUACCAGACAUCCUGUUUCAGUGGCUUGUUUGUUGGAGGACUUGAUCUUGCUCACAAGUAACAUCUAAGACGUAGCAAAUAUAAAUAAAACGGAGGAAAAUACUCAAGGUGAGCUUAACUGGAAGCACCUUGACAAGGUUUUCGAAAACAGACCCUUAAUGGGUUGCCCUGCCACAUAUUGAUUUCAGAGCUCCUCUUACCCAUAGCGCUCUCUCACGCAGAGGGAAAGUAAGCGUCCUCUUUCUCCUCUAUUCCCGAUGUAAAUAUAUCCCCUCCAUGUUUUUACCUCUGAGUAAAAGGCCUGGCCGGCUCUCCCUUUGUGUGCAAAUGCAGAAAGAUCUGAUCUCAGUCUUAAAGGACUUUGGCGGAUCAAGUCGGCUCUCUUCCGUUCUCUUUUGUGGCCGUCUGUGGCCUCACAACAGUAUUCAUCCUCUUUCAACAUUUACUCACUUUACCAUGCUACGACCACAGACAUGCUUUUCUGAGAUUUCACGUGAUAACCCAACACAAAGCGGUGCGCAAUUGUGAAGCAGAAGGAAAAUGAUACAUGGCUUUCAAAAACAUUUGCUUGUAAAAAAGCCUGUCUUGCAUAUGCACUUGAUCUCCUUUACAUUGAUAGUGCUAAAUAUAGUAAAGUGCAAUCAAUUGUAUUGAGAAACCAUGUUGCUAAAAAAUACAGUUUGUCAUUGAAUAUCGACACACCAGGAGAAUGUUAAUCAGGGCAACAGUCAAGAUUUAGAAGCUGACCGAUAUAAGGAUGCUAUAUUGGACCAGAGACGCAUCUAAAAGUUGCCAGACUACAGUUCUUCACCCCUGGUUUAGAUCAAAGUGUAAUCAUAAUGUAAAAACCGAUGUGGAUACCGUCACAAGGCUUCCCUAGAAAACGCAUUGUCUCCCAUCAGCAUCCCCGCCGUCAGGGUUGGAAAGAACUGCAACAAAAACUGUGACUGCCCUCAUAGCACAAGUUAAGCCCAGUGUAAAUGAAUCUAUCCAGGAGGAACAGACUGCAUGAAGAUAUCCACUAAACCAUAUUGAUUAUUUACUGGGCACAGAAAGACAGUUUGUUUUACACUUAGAAAGCUUCUUACUGGACUGCAGGCAGAGGAACACGAUGUACAUAACUCAGCUUCAAAGCCCUUAGUGUAACAGAGCAUCAAACACUCUGACAAUGAAAUGUAUGGCUCUUUGUAUUGUAUCACUGUGGCCUACUUUUCACCAAGCACUAACAAUACAUCCAGAUGUAGAUCAGCGAGCAUUUUAGGAAUUUAAUCAACUGAUCAGUGCCGUCAUCAGGAAUGACAUUUUUUCUGUCAGCUAAACGCAGGAACCUAAGAAUGAUCUAAAGGGUCACAAUAACAGAUUAGAACUUCCUCACCCGGCCCAAUGAGUCUCAAUUUCAAACUCAGAUACUAGAGUAGAAAUUUCCUGGAAACAACAAUGACGCAUAUCUCCUCUUGCUUAUUAACAGGCCAUUGGUAGUGGAGGUGUUAUAGUGUGGGGGUAUUUUCUUUGAACACACAAGGGUCCUUUGUAGCAAUUGCCCAUUAAUUAUUCACCAAACCUAAGUAUCUUCUGAUUGGCUACUACUGGUUUUCUUUACAUGAGGGUGGGUUCCCUGUCCUCCAGUGGUCAGAAAGAUCUCAAAUCAAGGAGGCAGCUUGGUGGAACAGGAGAUUUGCAUCAUGGCUGUACCAGAAAAUGAUUAGCUCUAAGUUAUGAGGAGCCGAAUCCUUUGCUGGCCAACCCCGUCUCCAUAGCACGCCGCGUCCACACCUGGUCACGAUAGCAGUAAGCCAUGUCACUCCUCCACCAUAACAAGAUGUCUGUCCUCCACCAAACAUUACCGAAGACCAUCUUUAUUGCCACUGAAAUCCAAAAAACCCUUUCAUAGUAGCACACGGAGCCAAUAUUAAACAGUUUCCCAGGGAAUAGGAGAGGCUGCUGUGAUGGUGCGUGUAGCCAUAUUGGAUGUGGAUUUGAGUCUUUACCUGGAACCCACCAAACACUGUGCAAAUGCAGAGAUCAAAUGCUCUGUCCAUGUUUUAAAAUGUUUCCAUUCUUUAAGUUCAUGCUUCAAGAAACCUUCUAAGGGAGUCGCAUUAGAUUGGUGUAUGAUACCAGACACAGCUUCAACGCGUUCAGUGUUACAACCCGGAGCCGAGCCUCAGUGGGAAAGAACCGUAGGAAGACUGGAUCAUGUAAAAUAAUAUUUUUGAGGUGAGGAGGCUGGCCGGAAGAUUUGGGAGAAUGUACUCCACACUUUUUAGAUUUUAGAUCAGCCUUUGUAAUGCAUUUCACCAAGUUCUUUAUAAGUGUGUAACAUAAUUAGCAUACUUGCCUUUCUUUAUCGCUUUUCUUGAUAGUUUUACAAGUUAGUGCAGUUGAUUUAUGUUGUUUGUUUUUUUAUUUAUGUGUCAUGUUUGCUCUUAAGUGGAUGGAUGUCAAGAUGUUUUGAAAAAUGUAGUCUAACAUAUAUACUAAAGUUAUAUGUAAGAGUAAAUCAUAUCAUAUUAACAUUGCAGAAUUACAUGUGAACGGCAACAAGACACUGUUAUUAAGCUAAACGGACUGUUUGAGUACCAUAGGGUAGAGGGAAGUGCACUUUUUUAUAUAACUUUUUUCCAUUAUUCUUUAAAAAUAUAUAAAUAAUAAUAAUAAUAAUAAUAAUAAUAAUAAUAAUAAUAAUAAUAAUAAUAAUAAUAAUAAAGAAGAAGAAGAAGCAAGGCAUGUUAAUUGUAAGAUGGAGCUCAUUGGACAUUUCAGUGUUCCUUCAUCAAAAUGUUUCCCUGGAUUCAAAUCCGAAUGUUUUUUCUUUUGUAUCUAAGGAAACCUGGUUUGACUACUUUGUCACAGAUGUCCAAAUCAUUUCACACCAUGUAUCCCAACAGAAAUAUUAAAAAACAUUCACAUGGGAGCUGAUUGGUAGCUAUUGUUGUCUUUUGUAUAGCUUGUGUGGACUGAAAAAAAGUAGCCAUUGCUCAGUGUCACCCAAAAUGUUGGUUUCUGACAGAGAUUUGUAAUAUUAUUCUGUAAGUGCUGUAAAAUAGCAGUUUACUGUUGUUCUUUCAACAAAAGCCUUCACAGUGGCUUUACUUUCUUUUAAGACAUCUUUUUUUCAGACUAGUAAACCUGAGGAGACAAUGUCGCUGCUUGUAGGUUUUCAUGUUUGUGAGUUCAUAUGCAUCUUCUCUUCUUUAUGUGUAUCUUCUUCUGUAAUACUGUCACAAUCUCACAACGUGACUUCAGAUAAAAAUGCUGAAGAAACUGC